CAAUGGCAAGCAUGUGACAGGAAAUGCUUUAAGUGCUUUAUGUGUCUUAACUCUUUAAUCCUCAGAAAACCCUACGAGGAAGGUAGUAUUAGCCAAUUCACAGAAGAGAAAACUGAGGCACAAAGAGGUUAAGUAACUUGUGCACAAUCACAGAGCAAGUGAGUUGUGUGCUUCCACAGCCCAUGUUCUUAAUCUCUGUGCUAUACUGCCCCUACAGGGGGAAACUGAAGCCCAGAGGGGGCAUGUCCCUUAGCCAAGUGGCAGAGUGGAGCCGGCCCCUGCUUCUUACUUCUACACUCAGGGCUCUUCCCUCAACCAUACCAGGCCUGACAGCGCCUCUGUCUCUCCCCGGCCUCCCUGCCAGGCCUCCGCAGGGUUAACACCAGCCCGGCCCUGCCCUUGGCCGGCAGCUCCAGUGCAAACAGACUUCGCCCACAUUCCCUGGCUGCUGUCCAGCCCGAAGGAGCUAAGACAACAACGCCCAGUGGCUGUGAGGGCUGAGCAGAGGCUGAGCAAGGAGCCAUGAGCGGCGAGGGCCCGUCCAGCUCCCAGGUGCUAGGCCUCCUGGGGAGCACAGCCCUCGCGGGGUGGAUCCUGGGGGCUGCGGUGGCCGUCCUGCUGCUGCUGCUGCUGCUGGCCACUUGCCUGUUCCAUGGACAGCAGGACCAUGAUGUGGAGAGGAACCAUCCAGUCGCAGGAGGAAACCGAGUCCGGUGGGCCCGGCCGUGGCUCUUCCGGCGCCAGGGCCACCCACGGAACUUUCACCUUCACCAUCACCAUCUUCAUGGCCAUGUGGGUCACGUGCGGAACGCGGGCCUCCAUCAUCACCACCUCCACCACGCUCGUCACCACCCCCACGCCCACCACCCCCACCGCCAUCACCUCCGCCACGCUCACUGAGGCCGCCACCGUGGAUGCCACCCCUGCCAUCCAUUGCCAGGACAAGCGGACCUGCCGUGUAGAAGGAUGCCUCUCUGGAGUGAAUGAGGGGUACUGUGACCUGGGUCCUGCUGGGGCUUCAUUUGCAUACUAUGCCCCAGUGCACCAAGGGACACUGGGGAGCCCUGCAGACACUGGAGAAUUUGGGGGUGGAGAGCAGGGUGGCCCUUUGGGACUGGACACCACUUUGUGACUAUAACUCCCAGUGGGCCCUGGAAGUCACAAGGGUGUCUUGGCAGAGCCAGUGCACAAGUGGGUGUGAAGUACUCAUCUUCUGAUUUCUUCAAGAGGCAGCUGCAAGCCUCUCAGGCGGUCACAGGAGAGGCCCUGAAAAUGCCCUUUCGGUUUCUAGAAGGCAGUGUGGCGCUCACAGUCAAUUCAUUGGUGCCUUAGUCCAGGAAAAUGAAAACCACUAAGAAGCCUUUGGGAAGAGGGUCUUGAUUGCAACACAGUGGGAGGGAGAGAGCCUCUGGGCCUGCAGCUGUGUUGCCGGAUGCCCUCUCUGAUGGGAAGUGCCUGCCCAGAGCCCGGCCUGGGGGGCCUGGGGCUCCGUGCUGGCAGUAGAAUGGAGAGAACUGAGUGGGCUCUGCCUGAGCCCGGAGGGAGGAUUCCAGGAUUGCAUGAAGUCCUUCCCAGGGAGGGUCCUCUGUGCACCAGAGCGGCUGUGGCCUUCUGUGGGACAGUCUGGGGCCUCAGAGCAGUGUGGGCACCACUGAGCCUGGCUCCCCCGGGCUCUACUGCCCUUUUCCAGCCCAUGUCGGGGCAUGCUGAGCUCCCUACUCAGGGAAGCCCCACUCCACAGGCUGCGUGGAAUUCCGUUUUCUUGGCCAGGGUUAGCCCAGCCCGAGUCUCCAGCCAGCCUGCCCCUAGCUGUGCCUGUGUGUGCAGGGCAGGUUGGGAGGGAGGGCGUGGAGUUCUGGAAAUGGGAGGAUGGGGAGUUGGGUGCUGGGGUGCUGGGUGGCCUCAGGAGAGUGCUUGCCACUCUGGAUCUCAGUUUCCUCUUCCCUAAAAAUGAGAUGGCUAAGAAAGACUCCCCCCUUGCCAAAUCUGUCUUGUUCCCAAACACUCUAUGAACAGCUGGUGGAAUCCACGGUGAGGAAGGAGGUCUGGUUCUGAGGCUUCGGCCUGUGCCUGUGAGCUGAGUGGGCAGUGGAGGAGACAGGCCUGGGGGCCAGGCAAGCAGUGGGCAGGGCUGGGAAGCCGGCCAGGAAAUCAGGGGCCUGGUGACUCCCUGGAACGGAAUGUCCUCUUGUUAUUUCCUGGUAGAUUCUCUGUGAGAGCUGGAGGAGGGGGAGUGAGGGGGACAGACACAAAUUCGCACUAGGUUCCUGAGGUGGGAAGUGCAUUGCUGAUUUUAUUAUCUCUGCAGUGACCCUCGAGUCCAGCCUGAAGCAUCUCCAACCUGAUUUUACAGAGGACUCAAAUCAGGGUAAGAGGUUCCUCCAAAUCUCAGAAAUAGAAAAGGAAACCCAUAAAGGCAGAAGACAGCAGGGCUGAGCCAUCAUCCUUCAUUCCAGUUUAACAAUGCUACACCACUCGCACCCACAGCAGGCGGCCUACAACUGCUUGUGCUCACAAAGAAUAGGCACAGAAGUCAAAGGAACAAAUGAUCAGGCUUGAAACACAGCCCCCUGGUGCCCUCUGCCCCCUAAACUGAUGUUGGCAAGUGAAUCAGAAACCCAGGCACCACAGAUUAGCUCAUCGUUUCCUUCCCUCUGCUUCUGGACACCCAGUUCAUACCAGUAACCCGAGGGCUCCACGCGGGGGAGGGCCCAAGGCCCACACCGCCCGGUCGUCUUAGCCAAGGGACAGAGAGAGAAUAUGACAGGGCAUCAUUUUCUCUGAAAAGUCAACUCUGCCAUUCUGUGUGUAGGAGUUUCUUAACCCUCAUUCUAAAGAAAGUUCCCUUGGGCCUUGGAGAAAUUGGAAAGGACCCAGGCUGUGUGACCUCGGGCCAGUCCUCUGCCCUUUCUGGGCCUUUCUUUGCACGCUGAUCAGGACUGCAGAAUCAGAUGAGCACUCUGUGGUCACGUGGUACCUGGAGCACGGAGCUAGGAGUGGGGGGGGGGUCCCUCCUCCGCUGUCUGGUGCUCUAGUUAUCACUACUAAUUUGCAAGGGGCCACGGGUGGGUGGGUCUUUUAACCUCUGUGACUGUCAGCAUCUUUGUCUGUAAGAUGGAGACAAUGUUGCUACAUGGGGAAGAUCACAUGAGACAAGGACUGGCUGUCUCCAGUACCUGGAGUUACUGUUUCUUACUACUUCAUGUCUCAGAACGUGGACAGAGUGGCACUAACAAGCCAGUGUCCUUCCAAGAGGUGUUGGGUGUGCCAGGGCUCUGACCUAGCGAGGCCCGAUGGAGCCCCUUCUUGCAGAUGAACUGUGUCCCAGGCCUGGCUCAUUCCCCUCCCCGAUUCCCCCAGGGGGCGGGGCAGGAAUGGCUUGGAGUGGGGAGGAGCGGGGUAAGUGCCGUCACUGAGGAGGGCAGCUGUGCAGUCCUGGGCCCCCACUCACAAUUGGAGGAAGGAAGUCACGAAGUGCUCACAGCUGCUCAGACAUCUCCGAGCCAAGUUCCGAGCAGGACCAAGGCUGCAGCACCCAGGGAGGAGCGUCAUGGUCCCUGGUGUGGCCACCAGGCCAGGAGGCCACUGCACCAGGUACAGCCAGGGCUGGUUCUUGAGGAGUCCAGGGUAAGUCUACACAGCCCCCAGAUGUGGGCAGCGGGCCUGAGCAGACAGCAAAGAGGGCUGGGCGAGGCCUGCCCGGAAGAAGGCUUCUCCCAGGCCCUGCAGUCACUGAAGGGGCCGGAAUUCCAUCAGGAGCACACUCUGCUCUAUCGAAAUUGCACGCGCCCAACAACAUGCAGAGAAGGAGGCCAAAUGCAAAGGGCCCCUGACCCCAGCCUCUGCUGAAGGCCCUGGUGCCUGUGAUGACUCGUGAGCGCUUUCAACCUUGCCCAGAGCUGGCGCUUGCCGUCUUCUCCCUCUGCGUCCCUGCCCCCAGCGGCUGGGCCCACUGAAGGACUGGCCCAAGCUCCUUCCAGGGAGGAGUCCGGCUCCCCCUGGAUCCGCAGGAGGGGGAGUAUUUUGUCUUUUGACUGAGUGUACAAUCGCUCUUGAAAUCUGUAGGCGUCACCAGAGAGCCAGGGCUGGCCAGGCUCCCUCUGAGCAGCGUCUUUGGCCCCCUUGUCCCCACCUCCUCCGUGUCCAGGGAGUCUUGUGGUCAUAACUUCCAGGAUGGUGGUGCUUCUAGAAGCUGCCAUGGACUUGACCACAGCUCUUGGAAGCCUGGCCUGAGGCUUAGAAAAUGGAGAUCAUCUGAGAUCGGAGAAGCAGGGCCACAUGAGCUUGACCCAGCGCCUCAGACCAGCCUCUCCUUAGAAGGCCAAGGGAGAGUGGCUGGAGGAGCACAGGGCGCCUGCGAU